UGGGGGACAGGCGGAGAUAAGGGGGCGCGCGCGCGCGGCCAUAUUGGCUACUUGUGACUUUCGGGUGGAACGAGUAAAAAAAUAACCCAACUUUUCCUCGUCUCUCGUGCGCGCAGGAAAAUGUUGCCCCGGAGGAUCGUCCAUUGAUCCACGAUACGGCCGAUCCUGUCAACGUGACUGCGGCGUUGCGCCGGGGUAUUUCACCGUUCCCACGAAGGCUGUCCCUUUCCUUGGAAAAUGAGCUUCUUCGGUUUUGGCCAAUCCGCCGACAUAGAGAUCACGUUGGACGGCGCUGAGACGCGGAAGACCGCGGACAUCAAAUCCGAGGAUGGCAAGAAGGAGCGGCACUUGCUCUACUACGACGGCGAGACCGUGUCAGGCAAGAUUAACAUCAGUUUACGGAAAGCUGGAAAGUUAGAACAUCAUGGUGUCAAAGUAGAAUUUAUUGGACAAAUUGAGUUAUAUUACGAUCGAGGUAACCAUCAUGAAUUUACAAGUCUGGUUAAAGAAUUGGCGAGGCCAGGAGAAUUAACACACAAUACAAUGUAUACAUUCGAAUUUCCAAAUGUUGAGAAACCAUUUGAGAGUUACACGGGUUCCAACGUGCGAUUAAGAUACUUCUUGAAAGUGACAAUUGUACGGCGAAUUAGUGACAUUAUUAAAGAACUCGAAUUAGUUGUGCACACUCUUAGUUCCUAUCCAGAUAUGAAUAAUCCCAUUAAAAUGGAAGUUGGAAUUGAAGACUGUUUGCAUAUCGAAUUUGAAUAUAAUAAAAGCAAAUAUCAUUUGAAAGAUGUAAUUGUUGGAAAAAUAUAUUUUCUUUUGGUUAAUAAAAUAAAACAUAUGGAGAUAGCAAUCAUCAAACGAGAAACUACAGGCUCUGGUCCUCAUACGUUCACUGAGAACGAAACCAUAGCGAAGUAUGAGAUCAUGGAUGGUGCACCCGUUCGAGGAGAGUCCAUUCCCAUCAGGGUGUUCUUGGCUGGAUAUGAUCUGGCGCCUACAAUGCGCGAUAUUAAUAAGAAAUUUAGCGUUAGAUAUUAUCUGAAUUUGGUUCUUAUGGAUGAGGAAGAUCGACGAUAUUUUAAGCAGCAGGAGAUUACACUAUGGAGGAAAGGUGACAAGAACAGAAAAUCGCAAACGGCCUCGCCACACAUGCCAUCGCAUUUAGUAUCGGCCGAAACAGGAUUUCCACAAGGUGCUGCCCAGAAUGGCCCACCAUCAGUACCGCCUGGCUCCGGUCAACUGACGACGAGUAACGUUACGAACGCAGAGGAUACUCCAGCACCAAUCGAAGGCAUGACACGAGAGGAAGGAGACGGCGAAGGUGAAAAGGAAGGCGGUCUAGAAAGUGAUUGAGUCUCCGCGUGUAGUUCUGUUCCUGGUGCCACUUACGGCCCAGAUUAGUUGAGAACGUUAAAUAUGGCUGAAAUAUGCAACAAAAAAAUUAGCUUAAAAAGAAAAGUCUCUUUUAUUGUGUUGGGAGAUUUGUUUUUAUUAAAAGAAAAACAGCGGGAUAUAUAAAAGGCCUGCUAGCAAAGUUGUACAUAUUUUGGAUACCUUAUAUAUACAUAUAUACAUAAUUGAGAGCGAAUGCUAUUGCAAUUUGUAACUAGCAGAAUACCGAUCAAAAUUAUAAUAACUAUGGAGAAAAUAGAUUAAAACAGGUGAAACUUGAUCUUUUUGAACAAAAUAAUUCGAUAUUAAUUAACGAGCCACAACAAUGUUGCAAAUGACUAUAAUAUAAACAGGCAAUAUAGAUAUUCCUGAAUGGACGGCUUAUUAAAUCAAAUAUUAACCAACGGUACAUUUUGCAAAACAUCUGGGUGUUACAGUGUUCUAAAUGUUUUAUACAGACAAUUGCCCACUGACCCGCCCACUAUAUUCUGAAAAUCCAGAGUCUCUAUGGCAGCAUCGUGCAAUGCAAAGAGAGAUUUAUAAAUACAAAAUGGAUAUAUACUCACAAAGGCUGCCCCAUAUUAAUCCGUUCACCUAGUCUACGAAUACUAUAAACGAAGACAGCUACUUACGUGUGUACAUGAUGCAUGUUUUUGAAAAUAGUUUAUAUAAUAUAAACACACAACGCGCCUCGAGCGAAAAAGAUCGCACUUAUUUUUAGAACGAGUUUGUACAAAAGAAAGAAAAGAGAGAAAGACAUCGAUUGCACGACACGAGUUAUAGUUACCUUCAGCUUUGAGUUUAGCGCAGCUCUGUGCGUAGGGACAAUUUCAGGUAGAGUUUUAUAUGCAAGAAACAUGCAUUUUACGUAACGUCAAUCUUCCAAACAGAUACAAAUUAUAUCUGCUCAAGUCAAUAUGCCUUUUUGAACACGAGAGUGGACUAUGAUAGAUUAAAUAAUGGGGUAGCCGCCUCGUGUAUUUAUAAAUAUAUAUAAAUAUAUAUACAUAAAUAACUACAGUAUACGUGUGUGAGUAUAUAUACAUAUCUAAAAUUUCUUAUUCUUAUCUGACAACAAUGACUAAACUGAUGUGACUCCAAUAAAUCGUGGCAACAGAUACAGAUAAAUAAUAUCCCAUGGAAAAAAAUGAGAUCUGCAUAAUGAAUUCUUUAAUGAUUAUGUAGUUUUUGAGAAAAUCGAUUUUGCAUACGUGAAAGUAACGUCCUUUAAUUCCACUAUAAAAUCACUUCUCAAAAACUAUAAAAUCAAUAAUGAAAAUUUAUUCUGUACGUUCCACUUAAGUUUUUUUACGAAAAAUUACGUCUCGACAAUUGUACCACGAUUUACACUCAACCCUCCGUAUGUAUAUGUAAACAUACACGUAUUUACAUAUUGUAAUAUCACGCAGACAGUUAAGUGCGGGAAUAUUUUCUUCCAUCGUUGCGGUAUUGCAUUAGACUGUGGUGAUGAAAGUAAUACUGCCGCAAAAGGGAAACCUAUCGUUUUGUACUGUUCUAUAUCAUGAAGUUUGACUGUAAAAAAAAACCGUAUUGAGGAAAUGCAUAAUAUUAGAUUAUAUAUACAUAUAUAUAAACAUACAUAGGCAUAUGCAUACAUACAUAAAAAUAAUUUACAUUAAAAAUAUUUGUUGUAAAUUAAAAUCUUUCGUAACAGCUCUGUGCUCUGUUUUGAUAGUAGAAAAUGAAAGAUAAAAGAAA